UCCACAGCUUUGUAUUCUACUGAAUAAUCUCUUGCUUUGUAAUAAGAGGGUUUAAUAUUAAAGUAAAUAAAGUAUUGUCAUUUGUUACCAAGUUUGUGUAAAGGCCUAAAUUUGUUCUUCGAAAAUGGUCGCUCAAAGCUGUCAGCAUGACCUACAGAGGAAAUAUUAAUUUACAAAAGCGCCGUUUAACUUUGGAGUACUUUCAGAAUAACGAAUAGUGCCAACGAUCGAAAAGCAUAUAUAAAUACACUUUAUAAAUAGAACGUAAUGAACAUGAAGAUACCAAACGGCUCUGGAAACGGCUACUAUGGUCACGACUCUUCUAUUAUUUCAUAUCUGUCUGACAGCUCAGAUAUUGGUAAUGGUGAUGAUGUGGACUCACCAACAUUAGAUGGUGAUUUUUCAGAGUAUAUGUGGAUGGAGAAUGAAGAAGAAUUUGACAAGCAAGUGAUGCAACAAUUGGAAGAAGAGGCAUUAAUGGAGCAGUGCAUUGAAGCAAUGUUGGAAGAUGAGCGUGAAAUACGUAAUAUUCACAACCAAGCAAUGACAGCUAAUGGUGUAGGGGUUAUGGAUAUUUGUCAUCCAUGGAGCACCGGCACUGACUAUGUCCAGCCUACAGAUGCUCCCAAUCUGUGUGAAACCAUGGAGAAUCUCUCUGUCCAAGAUGACUUAGCUAAGCAGAGCACACUGAACCCAAAUGCAGCUGAAUUUGUUCCUCAGCAACAGUCCACACUGUCAUCUGCUCCAGAACAGUUGCAUCAUUCAGAAACAUCGUAGAAAUUCUUCAGAGACUUGAUGCAUCAUCUGAUACAGAGCAACAUUUCAUUUGGUAGGCUGUGAGGGAGUCUCUGGAAAUGAACUUCGUUAGUCAUUGUGAAUUUUCCACUCACAUCUCCUGUGUAUGUUCCAAUAUGUACGAAUGUGUGUUGUGUGAAUGUAUGCAUGUAGGCCUAUACUUGUGUGCAUACUCAUGGGUCUAAAUGCAGUAUUUUAAGGUUGUUACAGUCAUUUGUAAUCUUAUGCAAAUGAAUUGCUGGAGAUGCAGCUCUUAUUUUUUUCUAUUUGCACAUCAUAAGAGAAGUAUAUAUUUUUUUUAAAUGUCAAAGUGUUUGUUGUGAACAUCUUCACAUUGAAAAAAUGGAAUGAUCUAGAAGUUAAAAGCAUUUCAUAUUCUCUGCUUCAUCCAUAUGUUAAUACAUAUGUAAAUUUCCAUGAAGACCUUAAGAAACAACAUCUGGAUUAGUAACAUAUAUACAUAUAUAUGUUUGUGUUACUAAUAUAUAUAUGUACACAUACACACACACACAAACAUACAUUGGUAUUUCUGCACUUUGUAUGAGUUGUCAUUAUUUUUCAUUAAAGACUGCAAUCUUUUACAUCAUCAAUUUUUAUAUUGAAAGAGAAAGAGUACAAAUUAAUGAAGUUUACAAUACUCUGUAAGUGUGAGAGACUGGACAUUUAGUUAAACCAAGAUUUAUUCUGAUUUCACAUUUCUUUAGCAUCAGAUGUUAUAGAUGAUAAAAUCCAAUGCAAAAAAUGACUGUUGUUUAUCAACGUGGACAUCUGUGACGUAUCAGGUGCUUAAGAUGUUAGUUGCCAGGGAAUUUUGAACUUGUUUUUAUAGACCAUUUAUCAUGGUAAGAGAACAAUGUAUCCAUUUUCUUUACUGUAGUUUAUAACUUAUAUGAGUAGCUUCAGCCAUUGGUGUGUGACAUCCCAGAGACUUGUACAGGUCUCCUUAUUCUGUUAAAGCUAUACUACAAGACUUUGUUUUUUUUUUUUAUUUUGAAGGUAGUGUGAGGCUUUAUGCAUUUGCAGGAAUAGUGCAGCCAUCACAGAUCUCAAAACUGAAUAGAAUGCAUAUUUUUUACAAGUGUGUAUUAUUCAUUUUAUUUAUUGUUACGUUCCUUUAAACCCCAACAGGUUGUGGAGUUAGUAUGGGAAGAGAAUGCAGUUGUAAACUAAUUAUCAUAAAUUAAUUCAUAAGCCUAUUCAUGCACAAAAUCAUGAAUUUGAUGAAAUAUAUAAGAAAAUACCGAGGACAUUCCCAUCGGUAGUUAUGCAUUUUGUGUGACAGCCAGCAAUUGCACUGAGAGCUUGAAUCUCUUUUAAUUCAAUUUCCCUGCUGACUAAUAAAUUUGUAUAAAUAAAGGUCUUCCAGGAUAAGGCACACCUUCUUGUGCUUCAGUCCACACAGACUGAAUGACAGUUCUUUUUGCUAAAACUAGACUCGCUUUAUACAUAUGCAUACUUGUAUUUUCAAUUUUCAAUGGAUUGGGUAUUCAUCUGAGCUUAGGUAUGUGAUUUCUUAGAUGUAGAAGCCUCAGUAAAGCCCCCCAGGCAAAUUGAAGAGCAUUAAGCCUACUGGUUUACACAUGUGAGAUAAUAGAAAGAAGUGUUAAUCCAUAUUACAACCACCAUCAUGUUCAGUACUGCAGUUACUCCCAUGUUAUGACUUAUCAAGAUCAUAUUCACUAUAGAACUGUCCCUGAGAGAGAUUUUUAUACUAAAUUUCCCAUAAUCUGAAUAAGUUUAAUCCAUCCUACCCUAAGGUAACAGAACCACAUAAUGCUGAUUUAGUCUGUCUUAUGAAGUAAUCUAAACUCCAUCACAAAAUAAAUAAAAGAUGUCAUUUAAAACCUUCUGAAACAUGGUUUACAUGUUCCACAAACAAAAAUCACCAUUCAUAAUUGUAACAUACAGAUUAAACUUAAAACCAUAUUCAGACCAACAUGAAAAGAUAUCUUGGACAAAAAUAUGCUUGUGGCAUUGGAAUGCAAAACUGAAGAUCUGAUAAAGAGUAGUGGUUGUCUGGGUAGGCCAGUGGGUUCAGACAUGAAAACAUUGUAGGCAGGGUACAGGGUGUGCUAGCCUAAUAACAGAAAUAUGCCAUUUACAGUGAACUAGUAAAUCUAAAAGUGUAAUUCUGAAGCCCUGAGUUUUGUUCUUGAUGUUCUAUGUAGAACAAUCUACAAAUUCAUUAGUUCAGCAGCUUAUAUGAAGGACUUGUUUUGUGGGUUUAACUCCAAAAUAAACUAAUAUUUGUGUGUUUAACUCCAAAGGGAAUUAAAAAUCUUGUGAUAAAUCUGAAAACGUAUGUAUGCAUGAUACGAAACCCUUCAUGUACUGCAACAGUUUAGAUUGAAAUAAACUAUUUGUUCUCAGGACUUUAUUUUUUUUUAUCAAAUAUGGCUCUCUCAUAUUCAUAUUAGCUUUGUCCCAUGGUCUUUUAAAUACAACAUAUGUAUUUUUUGUACAUACUAUUUCAAGGCUGCUGCACAUGCAGGAAGAUUCGUGUGUUCUGGAACACAUAACCAGCUGCUGUCUUUCCUACUUUUGGUUUCACUGUUCAUCUGUCACAGGGCAAUUAAAUUGUUCUAAAUUUGGUUGGUAUCCCUAUGUCAGAAAGCUCUUCUUUGUAUGAGUACUUUUCUCUUAUCGUUAUAAUGAAAUUCAUAGAGUUUGUUUCUCUCCAUUGGCUGGGGCAGUUACAUUCUAUAAAAUAAAACUUAAAGAAAGGAAAUAAAAUUUAUAUUGGCUAUAGAAAAGUGUAUACACUAACCUACAAGGAGCUUUUGAAUAAGAUGAAAGAAUAUUGUGAAUUUGAAUGUUUGUAUAAAAAUCACUGUUUACAUGGAAAAUUUGUGUUUGAAUUUGGGCACGAUUUUGGAAUCCCAUUCUGUGGGUACAGAUAUGGUAAUUCUCUUUGCUUUCAGUAGGUAGCAGAGUAUGAUAUCAAUUAUCUGUCUUGAAGGAUUUUUAUGUGAAGUACUGUUAUUACCGGCAUAUAAGAAAUGAUCAUGGUCAGAGGAGUAAGCAAUAAGUGUUGUUUGCAAACCCAAUAAAGACAUUUGUCAGAACUUCAGUAAUAUUGGCUCUUUAGCUUAAAAUGUAACUGAGUAUUAUAAUAAAUUUGAAUUUUGCAUUAUUGAACAUUAACAUGGAUUUAAGAAGGGCAAAAGUGGUGAAAUAUUAAAUUUGUGAAUCUCAGUAUUCUUGUAUUAUUUAAUGUGGCUAUGAAUAUAUUUCACUCACCACAAGCCACUUAUAUUAAAAAUAUCCUGAUUACCCCUAUUCUCAGUUAUUGUAACAUCCAUUAUAAGGUAUUAUUUCUGGAAGAAUACUCACUUUUGGAAAAGAGUUUUGUAGCAGCAGAACUAUCAUAAUCUUACCAUAAAUUGGUCUAGUCAUGUGUUUGUCUUAUGUCUUGCAUUCUAUUGACUAUGGUCAUUUUAGUUAUUAGGAAAAUGCAUAUAUGGAGUAUUAAGUGCAAUACCGAAUACGUAGUUUGUGGUACUUUUCAUUUGUGAAUGAAAACCAAAAUCCCAAAUGAAUAUCAGAGUCUGAAAUAUUAUUUCUUAAUGUUAUGAUAUUCAAGGAUAAACCUUUAGACAAUGAAGAAUGCAGGUAAAUGCAAUAAUGAAUAAAUUUAGGAAGUCUUACAAAAAUA